UACCACUACCUACCAUACAACGAAACUCCAAGGGGAGGCCGUGAUCCUGACGAUUGGCAGCCUAGAGUUCAGUUAAAGAAGGAGCAUAACAGUGGUAGGUUGCUUAUGUCAGAUCCAGAAAGUGUGGGUGCAUUUUCCAACAAAUUUAUCGUGAAGGCAAAGUUUGUAGUGGAUUACCUUCAGCACCCUGAGGUGAUGGAGUUCAAAAAGAAGAAGAGAGCAGAGGAGCGUGCGAGGGAGAGCCAGAAAACCAAGGAAAAAGUCUAUGCUGAUUGUGCUUGGAACGAUCUGCGUGAAGAUUCGACCAAACUGAAACAGCUUCGAGUGCCAGAGCUUAACAACUACCUCAAGCACCAUGGACUACACCAAAACAUCAAAAGCCCUAAGAACGACAAGGCGAAGGUAAUCGCAAGGCAUUGGCUUCUCCAAAUGAAUCCUGAAGGCCCUGAUCCAUUAAUGCUGCAAACACGACUGAGAGAAAGAGAUGGAGCUGAUAAAGAAUCCUUACAAGACAGUGACAGCUAUGAAGAUGAGCACAGCAGAAGUGAAAGGACUGAUAAUGACAAGAACGACAAUGAUUCCAUCAACUCUGGGAGUGAAGAUGUCAUCCUUGCCUUUAUCUAUGACGAGGAAGAAGUUGAGAGGCCAGCAGUGACACGCUCUGGAAGAUCCACAAACCGAAGAUCGGAAAUUGACUUUUCUUUCUUUCGAUUCUCUAUAUUUUCUUAUGUUUGA